AUGGCCACCAAAAUUACGCUCAAACUGAGCAACCGCUCUCCCAAGCAGCCGAUCAGGAAGCUCCCGGAGUCAAUUGAGGUCACUUCGGACACCUCUGUUGAAGAUGUUAAGAAGGUCAUUGCUCGUCAGAUUGGUCUUAACGACCACAACCGCGUCGGUCUCUUCGAUCCCUCGACUCAAAAGACUUUGAAGAACCGCAAGGCACAGAUUGGCACUGAGCCGGCCGUCGUAUCCGGCAGCCAUUUGCUGGUCAAAGAUCUAGGAACUCAGCUGUCAUGGACCACCGUUUUCGUGAUUGAGUACAUCGGCCCUAUCCUCAUCCACGCCGCCGUCGUCGGCCUGCGCCCCUACAUCUACUCCGGCGCCGACAAGAAGCCUCUCUCCCCGACGCAACUCCUCGUUUUCGCCAUGUUCCUCGGCCACUUCUUCAAGCGCGAAUACGAGACCCUCUUCGUCCACAAGUUCUCGGCCAACACCAUGCCCCUGCGCAACAUCUUCAAAAAUUCCUUCUUUUACUGGGUUGUCUCUGGCCUCCUUUGCGCCUGGCACGUCUACUCCCCAACCUCCCCCACCGCCCUUGCCCGAAACGACGCCGUCGAUGUCCUCGGCACCAUUGUGUUCCUCUUUGGCGAGGCCUCUAACGCCCUCGUCCACCUCAACCUUGCCAGCCUGCGCACUCGCGGCGGCACCGAGCGACAGAUUCCCCGCGGCUACGGCUUCUCCCUUGUCACCUGUCCCAACUACAUGUUUGAGAUUAUCUCGUGGAUCGGUGUUGUCAUCGCCAGCCGCAGCUGGGCUGUUCUCUUCUUCAUUGUCUGUGGCGCAUUCCAAAUGUCACAGUGGGCCAAGGGCAAAGAACGCGCCUACCGCAAGGAGUUUCCUGAGACAUACAAGAAGAAGAAGUUUGUUCUGUUGCCCGGAAUCUACUGA